AUGGCCCGUCUUAAUGCUAUAAGCCAUGGCUUUGGAGUAUUAUCAUUACUUCUAUGCUCUAUAUCGUCUGCCGUUGGGCUUAGCAGCGGGACGAGCGACCCAAUCGACUGGUCACAACAAGGGGAGAACGGCGAUGGAUUAUCCAACCGUGCAGCACCCAACUUCUACGCCAGGAUAAUGCCCCUAGGCGCAUCCAUUGUCUGGGGUUAUAACACACCCGAGGGAAACUCAUUUCGAAAGCCUCUUCGGGACGAGCUGGUCAGCAAUGGCUGGCGGGUAGACAUGGUUGGGUCAAAAGAGCACGGUACUAUGGCUGAUAACGUAGGAGCAAACUCAGACCUUUCGGGGGAAAAGAAUAUCACUAACGAUGCACUGCAGCAUGUUGAAGCCCAUUCGGGAGAUACCAUUGAUAUGAUACACAAAGCAUCCUUGAACUCUGUGAAGUAUCAGCCGAACCUUAUUCUGAUCAAUGCUGGCAACAACGACUGCAAUCAGCAUAUCAAUGUCACCUUUGCUGGUUAUCGCAUGAACCAGAUGCUUGACGAGCUGUAUGCAAAGAUUCCCGGGGUCACGAUUGUCUUGUCGACCCUAGUCUUGUCUACCAACCCAGAGGUUGAGAAGGAUCGCCCGUUUGUCAACAAUCAAUACCGCGACCUGGUCAAAGACCGUCGGGCCAAAAAAGACAAGAUCGUCCUUGCUGAGAUGGUUGGCACUGGCAGCGACUUUGUAGAAAAGGGUGAUCUUACAGACGGAGUGCAUCCGAAUGACAAUGGGCACCGAAAGAUGGGCCACAUCUUUUAUCAAGCCAUCGUCAAGGCGCAGUCUGAUGGCUUGAUCACCGAGGCCAACAAAUCCGAGUUCGUGACCGAAAUCGAUGCCGGCAAAGGGACCAACAAGGGGCCUGACAACAAGGCUCAAACCACCGUGGCCCCAACCACCGUGGCGCCUCCAAGCCCGACAUCGACUAAGGCAACGACAAGCAGCACCACGACGACGACCUCAACUUCAUCUACCUCGUCCACCACGUCCACCACGUCAACUUCGACGACAUCCACAACGUCGACCUCGGCAUCUGGAUUGAGCAGCUUUGGAGCUAUUCUGCACACGAAGGAACCCGCCACGACUCUGGCGGCCGCUACCAACAACGCAGUUGCUUCAGCAGUUUCCACGUCCGGAGUGUCCACCAUGACCACGAGCACUACAGCUCAGCAAACGCCAUCCACUAGCGCCUCGGUUGUCGCAAGUACCACCUCAGUUUUCCAAUCUGCAGGAACCAGGUCGAGCGGCCUGUGUGGUGGUGCCUGGAUGCUCUUUAUUUCCACGACUUUGUUUUCGUCUGUUUUUGGGGGUUUGUUGAUUUGA